GUGAUAUAUAAGAAAUGGAAGCUCUACUUCCACCUGGAUUGGUGAUUGAUGUCAGUUGCUUUGUUGUGAAUGAAGACUCGUCCUUCCAAUCAUUGGACAAAGAUGCAAUCGAUCUCAUCGUGUGUACUUGCGAUGGAGAAGUAAUCGAAUUUUCAAAUAGGAAAAUUGUAAACUCCUGCCAAACAGCGCUGAGGAAGGCAUCGAAAAUAAACAUAUUUUAUGCUUACAAGCCCUUUAUGAAAUAUUACAUUAUUCAGGAGAAUUCAAAACUAUCCAUCAUCGAAAAGAAAAACGCAUUGAAUGAAUUGAAAGUGAUUGGAAACGUCUCAAAAUAUGAGAUUACAGAUUUCUUGGGAUUCGGAUUUCCGCAGUUGAAAGUGUGGUUCCAGGAUGAAAUGGAAACAUUGCUGACUGAUUUCUGCAAUUGUUGGUCAGCGAAUGAUCGGGUCGAUAAAAUGCCUCGUCUCCAAUCGAAUCUCACUCGAAUGCUGGAUACCAAGUUGCAGUUGAUGAAGAUGCGGUUAGACGAGGCUAGAAAACUGCACGAUCAGAAACGUCGCUGCAGAACUAGAGCUCUGCAUAACCUAUCUAGUGCAAGAAACAAUAGUUCUCCAAACAAGAGCUGUGAUGUUGGCAACUUGAAUAAAAUGACUGAAAACAACAGUGGAAUUCUGAAACUAGAAAAUAUUUGGCAAAGAACUCUUGAGGAAUGCUGGUUGAUCUGUAUCCCCGUUUUGAACUCUUCACAGUUGCCCGACAGGCGAGAUUCAUGCAGGCCACAUUUCCAUAAUUUGGGUAUACUAACCCUUCCAUCUCUCUCCAUUUAUUCCAAUUUAAUUCACGUCAAGGAAAGCUCAGAAAAUUUUUCCAUUCAUGAAGAUUACCAUGCAUAUAAUACCAGGAACAGUAGGAACAUUGUAGCACCACAAAUCAGACUCAAUAAAACUAUGAGAAGCCAUACUUUCCAACAGUGUAUAUAAUUGUAUAAUAAACUG